AGAGCCGCGUUCAGGUCUCCCUGAGUAGCUUUGGCCCGCCUCUCUCUCCCCCUCUCAGCUCGGUCUACCUCACGGGGUUGCUGUUCCGGGGGAGGAGAGGGCAAGCUUCCCCGAAGUCACCUUGAGCCCUGGGGGAAAGGUGGGGUAGGAACCCAGCACUUCUGCCAGCGCCAGUCCCCGGAAGAGGGCUUCUAGAGAUGCGCAGCGCGCUUUCCGACGACCAUCCGGGAGGGGAGGCUGAACCCGGCACCCUCGCCCGCGCUUCGAGAAAGAGAAGGGAGCCGCGCCCAGCGCCCCCGGCCGCGCCCCUCAUUGGCGAGCCUUGGCGCUCUGUCCCCGCCCGGGCACCGCUGCUCCGCGUCCAGCCCGCUGCGCCUUCCCGGCGUACGUGGUGGCGGUAGGGGCUGCUCCGGGCCCGCCCGGCUCCCUGCCCUUCUUCCACCUUUUCUCCAAGACGUACCGGCCCCAGAGGCAAGGGCCCAAGAGCCACCCACUGGCCUCGUCGCCUGCCCCUCAGCGGGGGUGCACCUUCCUCCCCCGGAAACAGCUCCCUUUGGAGGCCAGUGACGGCCCCUUUUCUCUGGCACAGGUCCCACCGUGGGAAGAUGAGGCCCCCCCUCUUGCUGCUGCUUGCCCUUCUGGUGCUGCUCGCCACCUUUGCACGAGCUGAGGCACCCCAGGAGGGGACCUUGAAGGCCAGUUUUCAGGAUUGGAUGCAGAGAGCACAAGAGCGCAUGAGCGCCUUCCGAGCAUCAAAUGUUGCCCAGCAGUUCAGGGAAUUGGUCCAGACUGGCAUUUCCAGCAUCCAGGAGGUGUAUGGACAUGUAAAGAGUCAUGUUUCAAAGCUGUUGGAGAAAAGGGCGGCCAACGCAUGAGUCUGGAGUCCCAUUCCACACCCAGGAGCCCAGCUGAGCAGUGCCCACCGUAACCAUCCUCAGGACCAGGUGCAGCUCUCCUUCCUCCUGCUCCUCUGGGAAUCCUCAGCCUCUCCUGCCCCCCCCCCACCUUUUCUGGCCCCUCUCCAGUGUGGAAUUUUCCUCAUUAAAACUAGCAAAACUUG